AUGGCUGCUCUAUUGCCUCAACCAAUUCAUGCAACCAAUCCUUCGCUCUGGCAUUCACGAGCAUCGUCGUUAUCCAUGUCAUCGCGCAAAGAGACUUGCCGCGCCUCCUCAGUCCCUGAAUGGCUCCCUCUGAACGGCCCAGAAACAAUGAACGUUCUACCUUUUACGUCUACCGAGUGGUCAAAUAUUAUUACCGAUGUCAAAAGAGAAUUUCUCAACCGUCGUUACCGUCCUUGUGCGACUAGGUGCAGCGAGAUCUUGAACAAUCUUCAGGAUUCUAGUAUCGUUGAGCCAGCCUAUCUCAUUUACCUUCAUUUUUAUGCCGCCAACUCACUCGAGAUGCUCGCUCGUGCACUUGAUCAAGGUGUACCAGCACGCACUACACUCCUUUACCAGGCUCGCGAUCACUACCAACGCGCGUCGACACUCAUCAAUGCCGCAGAUUCGACUGUCGGCCCGGCUUUGCUGCGAAGGCCAUCUGGAACUACAACGACACUCCCCAGCCUUCACUCAGCCGACAGCUCUGUGAGCUCCUAUGUUUCAUCGACAUGGACGUCGACUCACAGCCUAUCACCUGCAUCAUCAAUUUCAUCUAUUCAGAGUGCACCCACAUACAAGCGAAAGAAGAAGCGAGUGACAUUCAGCGAUGUGCCUAUGGAGUUACUCGAGCGUCCAGAUUCACCAACACUCGGCCUCGGUAGCUUUCUUGGGCCUGCACGUUCAUCAUCACCAGAAUUUUCUGGAAGUGAAUCUUUUAUACCACUAGCUCUUCGAACCACAUCACAGACACCCCGAUCGAUUCUCACACCACGCUCCGCACAGAAUGAGGCUGCGCCUUACGCGCAAUCAGAGCUCGACCCUUUCCGUCAUGCUCGUUCUGUGCAUCGCUACAGUGCCCUUCUUUCCGGCCUGCAGCGACAAGUCUUUCGACAUCUCCACUUCAUCGAAGCGGAGCUAGACCAGCAGCAAAGUAUUGUGAGGGAGGAAGAAAAGUCGCUAUCACCGGCCACGAGGGUUGUGGUCCCGACUACAUCUGCCACACCAAACGCCGAUAAGGCUCGCUCGCCAGAGCUACAGGCACGAAUCGAGCGGUUAAGGGCAAAGGGCUGGGAACGCAAACGAUUCGACGUGCGACGGUAUGCUGAAUUGCGCGAAAGUGCUUCUGCAGAUAUGGAAUAA